AUGUCGAGCGUGAUUAAACGUUCUGAUAAACUGCUGGUAGCGAUUAGAAAAUUACGCAAAAUUAUUUUUGAUAAAUUUACUGCUAGAGAUGCUGAGAUCUGGUUAAAACUUUUAAAUAAGCAAGUUAAAACCUGUAAUAAGUGCAUUAAAGAUAAAAGCUUAUCCAUUGGAGCAAGAAGGAAAUUACAAACAAACAUUGGACAUUUUAAACAUUUUCGUAAAUUAAUUUUAAAUAGACAUGUGGGGUUGGGACCAAAUUCCAAAUUACGUAAUAGGGUUAAAUGGGAAAAUGUUACCUGGAGUUUUGCUAGUAGACUUAGGACUGGUAUUAUAUUAAAUUUACGUCAUAAGGAUUUGGACAAAUUUUUGGAUGAUGCUUACCUAGUUUGUAAACAAAAAAUUAAAGCAUACCUCAAUUCAUUUCAUUUUAUAAAAGUAAAUACUAAUUUUUGUGGGGAAUUUAUCAGAAAGUGUGGGGAUGAAGGAGUGUUGGAUUUUCAUUAUUUUAAUACAAAGAAUGUUUUUAUAGACCAGUUGACUUAG